AUGCUAUUCUGUAGAGCUGCCCUCAAGGCGAACCAUAGCGGAAUCCUCCACAAUACUGGCACUGCGGUGCGCGCCGCCUCCACUCGAGCCAGGGGGUUACCUGCCAUUCUUGAGAAGAAACCACAAGAUGUGGUGAUUACGUUUGCGAAACGAACUGCAAUGGGCCGCGCAAAGAAGGGGCAGCUUAAGGAUACCCCUGUUGACGAACUGCUCCUCGCAUUGUUCACGGCAACUUUAGAGAAGACGAGAAUUGAUCCUUCAUUGAUACAGGAUAUUUGCGUAGGGACAUGUCAUCCUCCGUCACCGCUGUACAUAUCUCGUGCAGCGGCAUUGGCGGCGGGAAUCCCCCACUCGGUCCCUAUAUCAACUGUCAACAGGCUCUGUUCAUCAGGUCUGAUGGCGAUUCGCUCCAUUGCACAUUCAAUUGAAGCAGGCGAGACGUCCUUCGGGGUCGCGGUCGGAGUCGAGAGCAUGUCGUUGAAUCCACGUCCCACGCCUGAAGUCACAGACCCUGUGGGCAAGAACCCAUACGCGCACGAUUGCAUUCAACCCAUGGGAUGGACCAGUGAAAUGGUCGCUAAGAUCUACAACGUGUCGCGAGAGAAGCAAGAUCACUACGCCUUCAUAUCACAUACUCGAGCGAGCAAGGCAUCCGAGUCGGGGGUAUUUUCCGAGGAGAUAUUACCUGUCAAAAUACGUGGCGCAGUUGUUGCGAAGGAUGACACGAUUAGACCGAAUGUCACUGUGGAAUCUUUGGCACAAUUGAAGCCAGUGUUCAAUUUUGACGACGUUUCUGACGCCAGCACAACUGCUGGAAAUGCAAGCGGUGUUGGUGAUGGCGCCGCGAUAUGUCUCCUCAUGAGCCGCGAGCGCGCCGAACGCGAAGGUGCUGAAAUCGUAGGAAAAUGGGUUCGGAGCACCGUUGUCGGGGUGGAACCUCGCGUGAUGGGAAUAUCUCCAAUAGCCGCGGUGUCCAAGAUUCUUGACGAUACGGGAUUGCGAAAGGAAGAUGUCGAUGUGUGGGAGAUUAAUGAAGCUUUCGCAUCUCAAUUUGCAUACUGUGUUGAGGAGUUAGGUAUACCGAUUGAGAAAAUCAACCCGAAUGGUGGCUCAAUCUCCCUCACACACCCUCUGGGAAUGACUGGCGUGCGCCAAGUCGUUACAGGUUUGGCUCAGCUGCAGCGAACCAAACAAAAAGUUCUCUGCACGAGCAUGUGCGUGGGCAGCGGUAUGGGAGCAGCGGGCGUUUUCGUAAAUGAGAGGGCUUAGUUGACUGAACGGGACGACGCUCCAGCACUGGACAACGGAGAAGCUCGGAUUGUACAUUACUCAUGAUCGUUUGGGCCAGACUGUGUUUCCUCACAACUUCGAGCCGCCAGCCUUCAAUGCCGCGUCUACUAUUUCAGCCAUCGCGAUGACCGCCUCUUCCUCGAGCGUGCGUCCGACAACCUGUACGCAAACAGGGGCGUUCUUGAAAGUCUCUGGUUCAUACAAGUUGUAGUUAUGUUCGUCGCUUUCGGAUAAGAAAUCAUGGGGAGGUUUCUUGCCGUCCAAGUCCGCGUUCACCCUAGUGACUGGGAUGACCAGCGCAGGAUAGUCCAAUGCGUUGCACCAGAUGGUGUAAUUGGCUGUACUGUUGAGCCCAUGCGGUGGUGCCGCAUACGGUGCUGUCGGCGAGAUGAUGGCAUCCACUGGGCGACCUGUUUUCGUGCUCGCCGCGGUUGCAUUCCAAUGGUCGAGAUACUGCAUCCGCAUGUCUCGACGUUCUUUAUGCACCUGCCACAGUUCAUAUGCCGAUAAUCCUCUGUAUUCAUUGGGACGGAAUGUAGCUUCCGCAACAAGGUCCUGGUUCAGCUCCAUGGUGGCGAUGACCGGUUCGCCUGAAGGAGCUGUGGUGACUGCAUAAUCUUCUGCAGCAGCCGCAUUCCAGAUGCUUCUUGUAUUUGCGUAGAGCUCCUUGUGCAUGAUCGGAGUCCACUCAAUGACAUCAUGACCCUGCUGGGUGAGUGCCGAUUUCACUGUCUCCAGUGCUCUGAUCACAGGAGGGUGGGGUACGGUAACACCGUCGUUCCACAUGACAGCAAAGCAAAGCGAUUUGCCCCUGCCAUGUUCAGCCAGUUGAUAAGCUUCUUCGUCCCAUGCUUUGCGUACAGCAAGAGGAUCCUUGAGCCAUGGUUUGGCAUCGAUUACAGCGCGCAUAAAAGCUUUGACGCCACUCAAGCUGACGGAAAGCGGCCCCAAAACCGACGGGAGCGAGUCCUGACCCUCUAGCGAGUUGAGGGCCCCCGCGUACGGGAUACGAUGGUAGGAGGGCCGCAAGCCGUAUAUUCCGUUGAACGAGCUUGGAAUGCGGACAGAGCCGCCAAUAUCGGAGCCGACGCCAAGGGGUGAACCUUUCAUGGCGAUCAGGGCACCCUCACCUCCAGACGAUCCGCCGGGGGUGAGACUACGGUUAUGCGGAUUGGUCGUCCUCCCGAAUAUGUUAUUGUAGGUCUCAGGCCACAUGAGUGUCUGAGGAACAUUCGUGCGAACGAAGGGCACAGCACCGAGCUCAUAGAGAAUUUCUACCAAAACAGCGUCAUGCUCGGAAUACUUCCCGAUCCACGUCACAUAUCCCAUUGUCGUCUCCAGCCCUUUGAUAGCAAGCUGAUCUUUCAGGGAGAUCGGCAGGCCAUGAAGAGGUCCCAAAACCUUGCCGGUUUCUUUCAAAUGUGCAUCCAAUUUCGCCGCACGAACCAGCGCUUGGUCGACGAAGAUUUCCGUCAGGCAGUUCACAACCUGCUGUGCAACAAUUGCUCGUUUAUAAUAUGCCGUGGUCAC